UUGCAGGUGGCCUCCUCUCUGGCCCCCUGAAUUUAAGCACAUAUCCCAGGUACAGACGACAGGGUGCAGUGAAACGACAUACACCCCACCUACAGAAGACGCUGUGCAGCGAACCAACAUAUACCCCAGCUUCACACGACCGGGCGCAGUGGACAUAUAGCUCAGUCACAGACUACUGCGGAUGAAGACGAUGGCUCCCCUAAACGUUGCUGUGCUCCUCUUCCUUGGAAUCCAAAGCUCAGCUUUGACCACUGAAUUCAAGAUGAAUGGAGCGCCCAAGCAUUCUAAGCAUCUAACUGGGGAGGUUUGCGAGGACUGCAGUGAAAUAUUCAACCUGGUGGUUGACAUCCUUACCAACGCGGACAUCCAGAGGAAGAUGAUGGACAACCUUGAGGUUUUGUGUGAUUACUUGCCAAACCCCGGCAGAUCUGGCCAGAUCUGCCGCCAGCAGGUGGAGCAGAUCUUGCCAAUUGCAAUCAAUUUCAUCACCAAUUCAGUGCAACCAGAGCAAGUGUGCUCUUUCCUUGGGCUAUGUGGCUCGCACUUAGAGGACGGCCAUGAGAGGAAGCUGAUCAUAGAUAUCCAGGAGAGUGUGAGGGCCGCCAUCGAGGCUCUGGACCUGAGUGACAUGCCAUGGGCAGGAGAAGACAGCAAGCUCACGGGCGCGUCCUCCAUUCAAUGCACCUACUGCCUGGUCAUUAUGGAUGCUUUGCAGAAGAUGUUCCCAAAAGAAAAGACAGAGGCGGCAGUGGUGGACAUCAUGCUAGCGGGGUGUGGCCUCCUCCCGGCCUCCUACACAGACAAGUGUGAGGCCCUUGUAGAUUCUUUCGUCAAGACGGUGCUGGAUACCCUGCUGAGUCACAUUACACCCAAGACCAUCUGUUCCCUGGUCCAACUGUGUUCAGUGCAGGAAAGAGCCCUCAACAGGGAGGCGUUUGUGGACCCUUGCACUGUACAGAGCUUCAGAUGCAGGGACUUAAGGAACGCAGUGAGAUGUGGAACUGUGUCAUUCUGUCAGAGAUUUGCCUGGAAGUCCGCCCGAAAGACCCUUUUUAGAUAUGUUGGAUGAAUAUGAAUGUUUGUUUAAAGGGGACAUAUUAUACCACCAGGUGUGAGUGUGAUUAGCCUUACAAGCCGUUUCAAAAAUUGUCCCCUUAUGACAUCACAAGUGGGCGUGUCCACCUAGAUGUGUGCGAGAUAGAUCAGUCUACCAGCCUUCCCAGUGGACUGAAGUAAACGUUGCAGAUUUUCGAAACGGCUUGUAAUGGCUAAUCAAACUCACACCUGGUAUUAUAUGUCCCCUUUAAAUCGUUUUCCUUUAGGCUGGGAAUAUGCCCCGACCUCAAACUCUUUCGUACAACAGAUGACCUGUUGCAACUUCCAUUUUCAAAUAUUGCUUCAGUCCUUAACAAUAUUGACUUAUUUUACUGUUUGCACUUCUUUCACCUUUCACUAUUGCUAUUUUUUUUUAAGUUGAUAUGAUUCAGUCUUGUGAUUUUUUACCUUAAAUAAAAAGAUAUUUUGUGACCUCUUAGACUAAUCUGAGCUGCAGCAUAUUCCGGCGUUGAGAAGGAAUGUUUUACCUCCGUCUGAGAAGCUUAAUGUGUUUUAAUGGCAUAGUAUUGCAUGAAGCAUUAAAAUUUGAUUGCUGUCCCAAAUUCUAUUUUUCCAGUUGU